UUAAUCAGUGACGAGCAAAAAAAUAUUGAUAAGAAAUUUUCAGUGUCUACAAUGUUCAGUCAUAAUCAACCAUUACCAGCUUAGUUUUGGUGAUUUAGCCGUGCUUCAGUUGUUUGAUUAAUAUAUUUAUUGAAAAAAUGAAAAUCGCCGACGUAAAUGAGUUGUUGGAUGAAGAGUUCGAAGAACUGUUCAAAAAUGUGGUUGAAUUAUUUCCGAAAGCAGCAAAAACAGUCGUGUUGCAACGGCCUUUCGACAGUCUCAACGAGUUAACUGUUGCAUUUAAUAAUUAUUUGGAAAAUUUGGAUGUAGCAGAAAAAAUUGCUGUUCUACAGUCUCAUCCAGAUUUGGCUGGAAAAUUGCUUUUUGAAAAUAAACUCAGCGUUGAUUCAGCAAACGAACAAGCUGGGGCUGGCCUAGACAAACUGACAGAUGAGCAGAAAAACCAGUUGGUUAAAUUGAACGCGGAAUAUUCAGAGAAAUUUGGAUUUCCAUUUGUGAUUUGUGUUCGUCAAAAUAACAAAAUCGAGCGUAUCCUCGAAGGACUUCACCAACGUUUGCCGAAUAAUCGUGAACAGGAAAUCACCAAUGGAAUAAACAAUGUGAAAAAGAUUUGUCAACUGCGCAUAGAAAAUAUUGUCGAAUUGGAUUGAUGACAAUUUCAAUAUGAAAUCAUUGCCACAAUAAAAACUUUGCUCUCUUUCUUGAA